UUUAUUUUCCAGCCUGGGUUUCAGCAAGCCAGAGGUCGCAAUAGAAGGAAGGUCUGUCUACUUUCCAGGUGGAUGUCCGAAGCAUCCGAAGAAAAGAUAGCUUCGGAUGGGGAGCUACUUGCAAGAACAAAAAUUCUGAUGGACAGGGUCUACAGGGAUGGGAGUCUCAACUUGGAAGCUUUGUUCCCAGUCUUAAGUGACGCAAAGUUGUGACGUUUCCUGCCACUGCCGUUUCCAAACAUUUGGCAUCAGCCGUUCCACCACCAAAAUACUUUCAGCUGUGCAUGUGACCACCGCAAGGAGCUCAGCUGGAAUCGUUGAUUCCAUGCAUCACGAAACAUUGGGACAACUCGAUGGCUUUGCGUUCAUGGCCUGCUGGUUGCACGGGCACACACUGAAGACCCCAAUCUUAUCCAAUCAUAUCCUAUCUAUAUGCGCUGACCAUCUGACCUUGCAGUCCCUGUGCCUCAGCAACAGGGCAGAAUACAGUUUGGAAUGUUUCAAUCUACGGCUCUCUGCACAUUCUUCUCUCUUGGGAGUACGGUGGCAAAAAGCGACUCGGAGCUUCCAUGCCCGCAACUUGGUGAACCUGUGCGACUGCACAAACAAUGUCACCACAAAGCUUCUUUCUUUGGGCUUUUGGCAACAAUCAUCCUUCAUUCUGGCGUGAGAGGCGAACGGUCUGGCUGGCCAAAGGGAACUCUCCACGUCCAAUCUCAGAAUCUGCAUGUCUUCUCUUCCAAAGCAGUGCCGGAAGCUUGCUAUUGCUGCCCGAGACCGAAUUGCAGUUCGUGCUUGAAGCCCACCGACGUCACGGACGUGCCAUGGCUUCUUUUUGUGGGUUUUGCCGUGAACAUGUGCUGGAGCUUCAAAGCCGCGAUUGAGCAUAUUCAUAGUGUCUGAUCCCUGUACGCGCGCAUACAAAGCCAUUCACUCUGCCAACCACAGACCAUGCUUGAGGAAAUUGAGGGCUUGAUAUCCCAUUUAGCCAGGGGCUGUCCACCAAAGCAAACUCUCUGGACGCGCAACAGAGGGGAAUCAUGGAUUCCGUUUCUAUUGUGCUCGGCAUUUCCGGUACGCACGUGAGACAAGCCAUGCGCACGGCCUGGAAAUCUCUGAUGCAGCAAGUCAGUCCAAUCAUCGGCAGCGCAAUUUGGAAUCGAAUCCCGUUCUUCACUCAGCCACUCGCAUAGUGGAACGAAGUUGCUUGCGUUUCAAACCAAACCCUGUGAAAUCCUCAAACUCAGGUGGACUGUUGCUGACUCAGGCACAGCUCAACUUCUGCUCACCAAGAAUUAGAUAUGAGCAGGUGUGCGCACAGGCACCUUGCAGGGCAGCAUUAUUCGCUUUGUGAUUCAAGACUAUUGCCAGUCGCAUGCAUUCGGGAGAGCUUGCACGAGACAUUCUGCAGGCAAUACAAGCUAGAUCUGAAACAGACAACAAAACUAUUGAUCUCAAAAAACAUUCGGAACUUGGCUUCACACAUCCCAUUUCAACUGAAAGUCAGGCGCUUUGGUACGCUGGCUUAAUUAGGACAGCGACAUCUUCCAGAAAACAUCCUGGCUGCAUGCAUCCAGAACCCCGAUGCCCUGGUUCGCAACCGCUUGGCAUCGAGCAUCGCAACUUGGACAAGCGCAAUUCGUGUCUUUGUCUUGGCCCAGACUUCAGGUCAAAGCUUCCCAAGUAGCAAACUGCUCCAGCUGUCUUUGUCGGACCAGUAACGCAAACCAUCUUUGCUGGGGAACAAACUUCAAUCCACGGUGGAAAUUGGUAGAGUGACUGCACCAUGCAGUCGCAUGCAGCCACUGAAUGUCGCCUCUGAUUGGUCCAGGCGCCGGCAACCGCUUUCCAUCACGGCAGCAUCGAUCAACGAUGUCAUGGGAGCUUGGCACUGCCGUCGCACGCAGACAACUUCCAGCCAACCAUGGUACUGUCCCUUGGAGUUGGCACGGCAAAUGCUAAAGGUGUCUUAGGUUGGCAUAAAAAAAAAGUUGCUUGAUUCCAUCCUUGUGGCGAUUUUAGUACACCACCAGCCUUUCGAACCCUUAGA